UAAUCGCGUCUUUUGGGCGUGUGCAGGAGCGCAGAUUCAGCACCAAGAGACUGAUGACCAGAGCAGGAGACGCUCUUUGUGGCUUGAUGACAAUAAUCUGUCGAAUAUAGUUUGGGAAAAGCCGUGAACAGAAGCUUUGAGUGUUCAAGAUGACGACCACCACCAAUUUCCAAGGCAUGGAACCGACCGCGAGGAGCAGCUCCAGAGUGCUGCGUCCACCAGGUGGAGGUUCAAACAUCUGCUUUGGCACAGAUGAAGAGAAACCUGUGAAAAAAAACAAAAUGGCAUCUAGUAUAUUUGCUGAACCUGAGGACCCUCAUGCACAUCGAAGGAACAAUCCACCAAGUGGGAAGCCUACAGGUGUGUUGUGUGGAGAACCAUCUGCCCCUCUCAGAAGAUGUACUGCUCAACCAGCCAACCAAAGUAACACCACAGUCGAAAAUAAUGUUACCGUGAAUGGCGAGGAAGACUCAAUGACUGUUGAUAGCACAGAACAUCCUGAACCUAUUCAGGAGCAGGAUGACACACCAGCUCCACCUUGCCUCUCUGCAACAGAGCAGCCUGCAGCUGGGGUUCCUUCUGGCCGUAGAAACCCACCAGGGGGCAAAUGUUCUCUCAUCUUAGGCUAAAGAUUUUCCUCACUAAAGGAUAAGAUCUGGGCCUAUGUAAAAUGAGCAUCUCAGUGUAAAUGUGCUGUUCUGUGGUCAGUGCCCAUCCUCUGCAUAACACUAUUCAUAAAAUUACAUAAACCACAGAGAACAGAUUAAGAUCAGGACGGUUUAGACAGAGAAGCGUGCCACAAAUCUCUGAGCUGUGAUUUGUUCAAAGAAUACCUUUGAAUGUGUUAAGUGUUGGUCACUCAGUCAAGCCUUUACUAAGAUCAGACCCUUAAGGAAAAACUGAUCCCGGGGUGUGCACUGCUACUCUUAGAUACUGCAAACCAUAGGCCAAAAUAUUCCAUCAAACUUCUCCAGUCAUUAGGUUUUUUUUCAUCGAUUGUACGCCUAUGAAAUGUCUCCCUUACUCAGUGUUGGUCUCUCUUUUUUAUGUGUUGUUGGAAUUUUAUGAGCUGUGGUGACUGAUUUGUGGUGCCUCAGUCCUGCUGGUUAAGACACAAGAUUUUAAUAAUUCCAUAUCACAUCCAUAAAAAAAAAAAAAUGUCUGAAACAUUUGUAGAUGUAAAGAAAAAUGUAUCAACAUCGAUUUACUGAUAGCUGAAGGGAUAUUUAGUACAAAAGAACAACAAAAACACAGUUACACAUACAUUAAAGAGUUAAAAGAGCAACAAACACAAGAGUGCAAUUAAAUAUUACCUUCUAGUCACUAACAGGUGUGCCAGAAAAGGUGCAUGCGAGCAAGCUGUUAUUUAUUUGUUGUUGUUAAAAAAGUUAUGAAAUGUGCAAAAAUACAAACAAGUACAGUCAUUGCAUCCAAUAUGUCAUCAAGUAGUCCAGUUUCAACAAAAAACAUUUAAAGUUCUUAUUGCCUUAUUAUUUUUGACGUAUGCCAAAAAGGUGCUGUAUUAUUCUUUGACUCCAUGGAGGAAGUGUGUAAUAGAGUCUGUUCAUUUUUUUUCAUGUACAUGAGCUUUUCUCAAAUAAAAAAAAAAAAAAGUAAAAUUAUUUUUGUCUAUUGUCAUGAGAAAAGAAACAUUACUAUUAUCCAACAUUAUACCUUAACAGGGAUACUCCUACUUUUCCAUAUCCAUAAUACAUACCCAGAAGUUUAGAUGUUAAGUGUUUACUUAGUAAGUCAUAGUGAAAGUGAAAGCAGCUCAAAGCCACACUGCUUUACACAAAGCUCUCACGUCUACAGGUGGCAGCAAUGUCCUGCUUUAGGUCAUUUGAUUUUGACAGGCUUUUAUUUUUUUACUCAGUACCCACUUUCACAUUGCAGUCUGUAGGGGGAACUAUACAUAAACUAGUGGUUGUCUGCUGGUUAAAAACAUAAAACGUAUUUUGGUUGACAUUAAACACAGUCCCUAGAAUUGACUAUUUGUUCUAGUUUUAGUAUGUGAUAUUAUUAUAUGUUGAUGUUAGUAGACUAAUCUUAGCUAGAAGGAGUGUAUUUUGGCAUUUGCAUAAAAUCAAAUAAAAUAUAUGCCAGUAGCUCUCCUGUGCAUUGCAUAUUGCUUGCUCUUGAUCAUUAACAAAUAUUAAAUAAUGAGAUACUUAAAAGAAUGUGUAACAGUUGUAAUUUCCAGAUUGUCUUUGAAAUAUGAACUUAAUUGUUUUAAUGUGUUAUGUAGUGAUUUCAAUGUAAGAUAGCCUUGUAGAGCCUCUUACUGUUUUAUCACCACAAGGAAGACGU